UGAAUCCAUAUUGGUUAGAAUGUGUUUUUUUAAAAAAUCAAAUUAGACUUAUAAAGUAAUGUGACUCUGUUUUGAUUUGUCCCAAAACCACAGAAUGGAAACUGACUACCUGAAGAGAUGCUUUGGAAAUUGCCUUGCCCAGGCUCUGGCAGAGGUGGGGAAGGUUCGGCCCAGUGACCCUAUAGAGUACUUGGCUCACUGGCUUUAUCAUUACAGGAAAAUUACUAAAGCAAAAGAGAAGCAUACACAAGAGAAGACCCAGCUGAAGGAAGAAUAUGAUGAUAACCUCGAGGAAACCAAAAUGACAGAAAUACUGAAGCAAGAAGAGUAUGAGAUUCAGCAGAAGUAUGAGAAGUGUCACAAGCCACUGAUAUCUGUAGCUAGUUCCACAAAGAAGACCAUAUUCAAGCAGGAGAACACAAAACCCCUUGAAAAGGAGGCAUUGAAGCAGGAAUCCCUGCCAGGUACUUCUAAUGUGCUUUCAGAAAUACCUCAACAGUUUUCUUCUUUUGACUCAUCUGGCUAGACUGACUGGAAUGUCAACUACACAAGAAAUAUAUUAUUAGGCUUUUCAGCAUGAAAGUGCUCCCGAAAUGCACCCUGGCUCCAAAUCUUCUUUUUAGGUUAUCAGAGGAUAAAUGAUUCUAAUGAUGCUUCUCUCAAAGCUGCAAGCUAAGAAAAUGGCCAUUUAAAAGAGCUCUUAACAGUGACGAUAACUAUGUGAAUUGAACCACGAUUUGAGGGGCUGUCGAAGGGGAGAUGUCUGUAGGGACUCUCCACCCCAUGUCCUGUUCUGAGAGCCAUGAAAAAUUCUUAAUCAUAGGAAAAUUUGAACUAGUUAUAGAAUGAAAUAAACUCAUAAUAAGGAUUUAAAAUAAAUAACCAA